AUGGCAGACAUGAUAUUCAGCGCUGAGAACAAGCAACCAUUAAAUCUUUGGCUCAUUCACCUUCAGCAGCAGAAACACACACGCUCUCUCUCAGACACACACACACACACAGUGAUGGAGUCCAGCAGCGGGCGCUUCUCUCUCCUCGCGCCGCACCCAGCGCUCUUCCUGCGGCCGGAGGACAGGAGUUUCCCGCGCAGCCCGAAGUGCGCGCGCUGCAGGAAUCACGGGGUGGUAUCGGCUCUAAAGGGUCACAAACGCUUCUGCCGCUGGCGCGACUGCGCGUGCGUCAAAUGCGCGUUGAUCGCGGAGAGGCAGCGCGUCAUGGCGGCGCAGGUGGCGCUUCGGAGGCAGCAGGCGCAGGAGGAGCUGCAGAUGAUGUACCCCGCGGCAGGAGCGAGCGAGGGCGGCAUGAGCGUCUCCAGAGCAACGCUGAGCUCCGCCGCGCCGCCCGCGUUUGACGCCUUCAGCCCGGACGCGUUCAGAGACGAGAAAAACCUAAACAAGUGCAGUGUGUUCAGCGGACUGAUGAAUCAGGCUUGGUUCAGCCCGCACACACCUGCGCUGACCCCUCCGUCAGAAAAGAGUGAGCCGUUAAACGACGGCGUGUCUCCUGGAUCGGAUCAUCUCUCAGAAAACAUUCUGAGUCCACAGUCUCUGACCUCCUCAGAUCUGGAGUCCGGCAGCGAGUCUGAGAAACCCAAAGAAGAGCUCUCCAGUACGAGCGGGCGAAACCCCGGCGCUGUUCUGAUGAAGAUCUUCCCUCACGUCAAGCGAGACGCUCUCGAGUCGGCGCUGAAGGCCUGUUCUGGAGACGUGGUGAGGGCCAUCGACCUGCUGCUCGGUUCUCAGGAGGGCCGGAACUCAAACCGAGACGUUGUUCCGCUGUCGGAGAACCUCCCCAUCUCACGAUCGUCUGCCAUCUGCCGCACAGAAGCUCCACUAAGACACUUCAGCGCCACAUCAGCGUUCUCUCCCCUCCACGCUUCCUCCACCACCUGCUUCAGCGGCGACGGUCUGCUGGGGUUUAACCCUCGGUUUGCCAUCGCUCCGCUGCGACUCGCCUAUUCAACACCCAACUUUAUUCCUCCGUAUCUGACGUCUGGAUUUGUCCCGGCGAUGUCCCUGCGGCCCCCAGCAGACUAUCCCUUCCCCGGAGUGCUGCGGGACCUUCCUUACCCCAAAGACUCUUUCAGCCCCACAGUGUUUUACUCCAGCCUCAGCCACGACAAAUAAUCCAAGCCUCAGUCUCUUCUUUAUUAAACUACAGUGUACAAAAGUAUCAUGGUUUGAGAUUUCAUUUAGUGCACUAGCAGCUCAUGGAAGUAAUUCCAGUUUUAUACAUAUAUAGUUUUAUACAUUUUUUUAUUUUAUUUUGUAAAAUGUUGUAUAUUUUUAUGCAUAUUUGAAAAAGUCACAGUUUGUUAAUAAACCUUAGUAUGGAAAAGGAAGCUACAUCAACCCCGUUUUAAAUCAAAUCUAUGCAAGGUUUCAUCUGUGAGAACCACAAAGUUUCAAAGUGGACCGGUUAAAUAAAACCAUUAUAAAUCAA